AAAACUUUUUUUCUCACUUUGCAGUGUCGAAGUGUCGAGCAAUUUGAUUUGCUAUUUUCAAUAUUUCCCCGUAAACUGCGUGCAGUUAGGCAAACCCUAAAUCGUGUCACGAUUCGAAGUGCUAUCGAGCGGUAUCGAUAAGUUUUCUCGUGAGUUUUGUGCAGGCAAACGGAACCAACCAAACCACAAAAAAAAACACGCAAAUCCCGUGUUGUGCAUGUGCUUUUCCGCUGCCGAGAGUUCAGGUUUCUGUCAAAGAAGCAAGCGCCCCGCGUUUAGAGGACGGAAAAAUCCCAAAAAUCCAGGAUUGUUUCACGGAGUGACGAGAGAGAGAAAACCCGCAGGUCUCUUCACUUAUUGCGAUCGGAUUUGUGUCUAGAUGCGUCAACAGUAGCCAUCCCUGUGCAGCCAACGAGAAGCUAGAGCGCUACAAUGACCGACAACAACAAUUUCCACAUCCCGCAGCAUGUCAUCAAGCACGAGACCAUCCAGUCGUCGUCGUCCUCCCCGCCGCAGCACCACCAAUUCCAGGUGUACUACCAUCCGCAGCCAUCGGUGGCGGCGAAACCGACGGCGGCAACGCUGAAGGUUGUCGAAACGACGGCCGAGCCUAGCCCUGUGGGCGGCGCCAGCGGUGGCGGUCUGGACUACAGUACGCAUCAUCACCCGCACGCACAGCAGAUCAUCGAGUACGAUCCCGUCAGUGAACCGGUCAACGUGGUCAUCGAGCAGCAGCCGCACUAUGUUGAAAGCCAGCCUACCAUCGAACAGCAGGAGCAAAGUGUGAUCGAGGCGCUCUGCCAGCAGGCCCACCAAAAUCGGCUGCAGCAGGAGCAGCAGCACGUUGUGUCCUUCAAGGGGAAGCGCCUGCGGUUGGAACAGUACCAGCACGAGAACGGUUCCGAUGCCAUGAGCGACGAAGAGAACGACGAAGACCCUCGGAGAAAGCUUCAUCACGGUUCGGCGGCCCAGGACGAGUCCAUCGAGGAACGAGAGCAGAGUAUUAUUGAGGCGCUCUACCAGCAGCAGCAGCAAAACCAGCUGCGAAAGCAGCUCAUCCAUCACCAGCCGCUGUCCUUGCAUCGGCACUCGUCGACUCCCCCUUCGCGUUCGAUUUCACCCUCCCAAUCGCCGACCGUCUCGGGGACGAACGAUUCGCUCGGUUCCCGCGUCUCGUCGCAAGCGAGCCAGCAGCAGUCGGGCUCGAAUGCGUCCCAUCUGGCACCGGCCAUCUCGCUGGCCAACAUCAACCAGAGCAACUUCAUCGCUCGGCUCAUCAGCAAGGACAACAUUUUGCUUAUCUCGGAGGACCUCAUCGAAAUCGGUCGCAAUUCUUCGCGCGCCCAGGUGGACUUCCACGUCGGCCGGAACAGUUUCGUCUCGCGGAAACACCUGCUGCUGCAUCACGACCACACGGACGGCGAGUUCUAUCUGUCGUGCCUGAGCAAGAACGGGGUCUUCAUUGAUAACGUUUUUCACCGCAAGGGUGCCGACCCGUACCUGCUGCCUAAAGUUUGCAGCAUACGCUUUCCCAGUACAAACAUCAAAAUUCAGUUCGAAAGCUUGUACCACAAGAGCGCUUCGGAGCCACGUGAUUUGUUGGACGCUAGCGGAGGACCGUACUCGACGGGCAGCAUGUCCGUCGGAAAUGGUCCCUCGUCGGGUGGUGCACAACCAAAUUCGUCUUCUGGUGCCGGUGGCGGCGGCGGUGGUGGUGGUGUUGGUGGCGGCGGAAGUAUGUACGCUCCGCUCAAGAUCUCCAUUCCACCGGAGCCGCCCAGUUCGUCAUCGAUGGAACACAUGGACCUGAGCGGUCGCGGUCGAGAUAACGGCAAAAGUCCGUAUCCGUCGCCGACGGGCACUAUCAGUGCUGCCAACAGUUGCCCGACCAGUCCCCGCCAAGGUUAUCAUGAUUUUUCGAUGUACUCAGUUGGCCACGGAGGCUCGUUGAACCUGGGACAUGACGGUAGUGCCGACAUUAGCGGCGGUAGCGGUGGAUUGACCUCCGGCAACAGUACUGCCCACAGUUUUAACGAUUUCCAACCGCCAGCUACGUCGCAGUCGCUCGAGAACGAGAAACCUCCGUACAGCUAUGCCCAGCUAAUUGUGCAAUCGAUUUCGGCUUCACCGGAAAAGCAGCUCACGCUGUCCGGAAUCUAUUCGUUUAUCUCAAAGAACUACCCGUACUACCGGAAUGGGGCUAACAAGGGCUGGCAGAACUCGAUCCGGCACAAUUUGAGCUUGAAUCGGUAUUUCAUUAAAGUACCCCGGUUACAGGAUGAACCGGGCAAGGGCAGCUUCUGGCGUAUCGAUCCCAACAGCGAGCUGAAGCUGGUGGAUCAAAGCUACCGCAAGCGGCGUCAGCGAGGCAGCCAGUGCUUCCGGACGCCGUACGGUAUGCCCAAGUCGGCUCCGGUCUCGCCUACCCCGAUGGACCCGGAGAGCCGGGAAGGUUCGCCACUGAACGAACUGCUGAUGCAGUCAGCUCCCGGUUCGCCCGGACAGGUGGCCGCCAAUGCGUACGUACACAGCAGCACCGGCACUGGUGUGGCAGGCCAUCCCAGCCAAGAGGAACACCACAACUUUUCGAUGGUUUGAGUUCACUUUUUUGUUGUAUUCGUCGUAUCUAGAGACCUAAAUAGCAUUUAUUUUCACCAUCUUCGACCGGAGAUUCUUCUCGGAACAAAUCACCACCACCACCAGCACCGGCAACCUCCAUCAGCCGACGGGCAGCUGCUAGUGGCGGCGGUAUUUCCGCGACUGGCAGAAAACCCGCCAAGAAUCCGGCAAACAAACUCCAACACACAACACAGCAACAACAACAGCAACAGCCACCAUCCGUUCCGGCAACGGCAACAACGUCAGCAGAUCUGUAGGCACCCGGGAGCCGCCCCUGUACUUCUUUCACCUACUAUUACCAUUACUAUUUUACUGCUAGUAGCUUCUAUUGUCCGAAUGGUGCCAUCUGUGGAUUUUUUUCCACCACCAAUCACACUCCGCGGUGUAGUAGUUCUUUAUUUUAUUUUCUGGCACUUAGGUAUCACACAUACAACUAAACCACCAUCCUGUCCCCCCCCAUACUCCCUCAAUUGUAUGGACAAAAAAAAACCUAUCAGGUAUCUACAUAUAACAAAGUUUUAUAUGUACUAUGUGUUAGACAGCAAACAAAAAGAGGAUAGGUGUAUCAAGUAACAAAGAAGAAGAAGAAGAAGAAGGAAAAAAAUUAAGCCGAAUACGAACAAACCAUUGAUGUUUUUUUUUGUGUUCGUAUUUGAAGUUGUUAGUAAGCAGCACAGCGAACCCAGAUGAUGAUGAUGAUGAUGAUGAUGAUGGAAGAAUACAAAGCAACUUGGAAAUCUGUUU